UUUUAGUUUUGAAAAAAUGGAGGACUUAGGUGUACCGGAGUUGUUUAUAGGGAAAACUGUCUUCCUUACUGGAGGUACCGGCUUCAUCGGGAAGGUCCUUAUUGAAAAACUUCUAAGGUCAUGUUCAGGAGUGAAGAAAAUCUAUGUCCUCAUUCGGGAACGUCGAGGGAAAAGCAUUCAGGAACGUAUUGAUGAAAUGUCAACUAUUCCGUUAUUUGAAAAACUCCAUGCUGAACAUCCAGGUGACUUCUCCGCGAAAGUCUUCCCUGUGAACGGAGAUGUCACCAUGUUGAAUCUGGGCCUCUCCCCGGAAGACACUCAACUGUUAAUCAAUGAAGUUAAUAUUGUGUACCAUGUAGCGGCGACAGUGAAAUUUGACCAGGCGUUAACCGACGCCAUUUUCAUGAAUGUCCGUGGCACUCGUGAGGUAUGCAACCUUGCAUUGGCGAUGAAACAAGUCCAGAUGAUGGUGCAUAUUUCUACUGCAUACGCACAUACUGAAUACAAUCCUAUUGAAGAAAAGAUGUACCCGGCAACAGCUGAUUGGAGACAGUGUAUCAAAGCAGCUGAGGUUCUGGAACCUUAUCAGUUGUCCAUUAUGCAAGGACAUGUCUUGGGACCGUAUCCUAAUACGUAUACUUAUACUAAAGGAUUGGCGGAGAGGGUUGUUUUUGAUUUAUUGGAUGGAAAUGUUGCUAAUAUGAUUAUACGACCUUCAAUUGUGAUUUCAAGCAGAUCCGACCCAAUCCCAGGCUGGAUUGAUAACUUCAAUGGUCCAGUGGGGAUGUUAACCGCCAAUGGAACUGGUUUGAUCAGAAUCAACUUACUAAGAGAACAAACUUGUGAUUUCCUGCCGGUGGAUCUCGCCGUUCGUGCGUUUUUGAAUGUUACUUGGUACAGAAUGACGCAGGAACACGAUCAUAAUAUACCUGCGAAAUCAACAACCGUGCACAAUUGUGCUGCCAAUAACUUCGCCAAGAUGUCUACCCUCGAUGUAGCAACAAUGGCGCAUGAUUUAGCGGAAGAAUGCGCCAUUUCCACUUGUGUCUGGUAUCCAACUCUACGCCGUACUGAAAGUCAAGCGUAUUUCAAUUUUGUUUCGCUGUUUAUGCAAGUUAUUCCUGCGUUGUUCUUUGAUUUGAUUCUGCGUAUGCUCAAGUACAAACCUGUGGUGUUGUCUAUCCAACGUCGUAUUUUUGUCGCUGUAAAUGCUUUGAAAUAUUUCAUCCUCAACGAAUGGAAAAUAGAAAAUACUUCGUUGUACAGUCUGGAAUUUAAACUUCUGAAAAAAGACGUCGAAGAGUUUGGUUAUGAUGCUGAGGAUAUUGAUCAUCGUGAAUUCUUCCGGCAUGCUAUGAUGGGUGGCUUGAAAUAUCUCCUAAAGGAAGAUAUGAGUAAACUUGAAGCAAAUCGUACAAGAAUACGCAUAUUGAAAUAUGUCGAUAAAAUAUUCACUGUUUUGUUUUAUCUGUACUUGUUUAACCUAUUUUGGUUCAAAUGGAACGUACCUGGAGUUAUUUACAAUGGAUUGGGUAACUAUUUCGAAUCUUUGCAUACACCGCUCUUUGUUAAUUCAGCAGUAUAGUUUUUAAAUAUUCGCGAUUCAUUUUACAACAAAAUAACAAUUAAAUUAACCUAUAAAAUAAUUUAACCAAACAUGAUGAGAAUACAUUGUACUAUUACUUUCAUGAAACGAUCCCAGGUGGCGCGCAGUUCUCCAUCCCUUUAAAAAUGAUUAAAUAUUAUUUUUUCAUUGUAAA